AACCAGACAAGUUUCAACCGAAAUCUCUCCGGCGUCCACACCAAGGAAAUUCACUCGUCUUCAACCGCAUCACUCCAUCACUCGGAGCAUGUAGCAAGGCAAGCACUUAGCAAUCUGGGGCCCAAGCCGAGCCGCCGCCAUGGCCUGCCGCGUGAUGAUACUGGCGUUCAUCAACACGGUGGGCGUCGGCGGCACCGGCCUCCUCGUCUACGCGCACGUCCGCGGCAUGAGGACGCCUCGUAUCAUCCUCGCCGUCGUCUGCGUCAACGCCAGCAUCUACCCCGUCUUCUGCGCCUCGCUCUUCCCGUGGUCCGCGCUCCUGCGGUGCCUGCGCGGCGCCGGGUCGCAGCUCUGCCUGCCGUGCAGGCGCGCGCGGCGAGCCUGGAGCGCCGGCGGCGACGACAGCCGCGGCGGCAGCGAUCUGCCGCAGUUCGCGGUGCGGAGACGACGGCAAGGCCAGGCCGUCAUGACCGUGCUGCCCAGGGAGGGGCCGGUUCACGGCGGUGCACGGGCGGUUGCCGCCGCCGCCGCCAUCCCGGCGUACGAGCAGCGGGGCGGCGCGCUGCCGGACGGCGCGCCGGAGUGCCCGGUGUGCCUGGGCGAGGUGGAGAAGGGGGAAAUGGUGAAGCGGCUGCCGGUGUGCCUGCACGUGUUCCACCAGCGGUGCAUCGACCAGUGGCUGCACGGGCACUCGACGUGCCCGGUGUGCAGGUGCGAUGUCUUCGCGUCACUACCGGGCCAAGUAGUAUGA